UGCGUGCAUGCAUCACCGAAAUCUCCAGACGCCGAAUACAUCCCGGGUAAAAUGAAGCGCGAGAAAUCAAAAUAGAAAAACGGCGGUACAAGCGAGAGCAUCUUACACUCGAUGUGUACACGUCGGUGUUUAUCUUAUCUCAGAGUGUCAGGGUCUACGUGGAGGACGGGACGUGCUCACAACAUCCGAUGUUCGUGAGCGUUAGAAGUUGGUGUUUUUGUGAGUCUUGUCCAUCGCAAGUUCUUCAGUCUCAAGUCAAGCCACAAGCUGUUUAUAUGAACUGUGACAUCCCUUGCAGUUGAAAGUGGGUUUGUGAUUGGACUAGAUGUGAUGGACUUGUAACGGACUCGACUUACAAGUAUAAAAUGCCGGCCAGUGAACGGGAGUUGCAUCAGUUGAUGCAUGUCGGUUCUUGAUGCAACACCAGGAACAACUCCAACGGGCAGAGAGAGUCGACCGACCGGCAAAAUGGCUCGGCAGUCCGGGACACUUUUGGCCUCUGCCCGGCGGUCAGGCUUAUUACCGACCUUUUGCCGCAGACAGAAGUAUGUCAUCUUGAUUGCCUGCGUGUCGGUGUUUGGCUGCGUCCAUCUCCUGACCGGGUCGGUCGGCUUGUUCUCGGCGGGGCUUGAGCGGCAGGAGACGGCGGCGGGUCAGGGGAUGUCCGCUGGUAGUGGGGAUAUCCGACGGAUGAAUGAGCUAGGUGGUGCCGCCCUGUGGCCGCCUCCGCCCUCCUCACAUCGGGAUCCGGUCAUUCACACGGGGGAGUUCCCCUUUAACCCUGUCAGGCCACUCUACCGCGCCGCCCGGGUAAACGGCAACAUUCACAGCCUGUCACGUGGCCGAGAGAGGCUGGACAAGCGACAUGUCGUACCCUUCCCGUGGCCUGAGCGACAGAAAUUCAUUCCAAACUAUUUCUUGAACUACGACAAUUUGUCACGGUCGUCUUCAGACGAGGACAAAGUGGCAAAGUUUGACUCAAGCAGCGUCCUUGUGUAUCUGCAUCAUAAUAAAGCGGCUGGAACGACGACUAAGCGAUGCUUGGCUACCAUAGCAGGUGCGGAUCUGGGUCGGACUACGGGGCCCGUAUUGAGCAGCGAGGGACGGCUGGCCGUUGAGGCGCGCUUCAUACGCAGCAGGCGCUUCAUGAUGCGCAGCUCUCCGAACACGUACUUCGGCGGAUACGCCUUCGGCAUCUGCGAUCGCUACCGGAAGCCGUGCGCGUACUUCACCGUUCUGCGUGACCCGUACGAGCGGACGCUGUCCUCGCACUCGUACUGCAAGCACGCACGGCAGGAUCAACUCUGCUCAGCCCAGGUCGCGAACAAAGUGUCCCUUCGCGAAUGGGCCCUCCACCAGGGAAGCUUCUUCUUCCGGCAACUCUUAUUCCAGCCCGAGUUCUGCAGCGAUAAAACCCGCUGGAUGCGUAAUGUCGACGUAGAGGGCGUUCCACACGACUUCUUAAACAAACGGGACUCUCUGAGGAGCGCCCCUUGUUGGUUUCGUGAGAAACUCAUCAUGGAGUUGACCCUAAACCACACCCAACACGAAGCACUACUUAAGUAUUGCCUUAAGAACCUCGAACGCUGGUUCACAGUCAUUAUGCUGGUAGACCACUACGACGAAUCACUGCAAAUGGCGCAAGAGGCAUUGAAGCUUCCCGUACACGAUCUGUGCGCAGGACGCCACGACAACACGGGGUCCUACAACAAAACUGCCAAUCCAGUCACCGCAUCCAAACUACCGGACCAAAACAGAACCAGCCCCACCAGUCCUGCUACAAGCGAUCCUUCCGUGGAAGAGCAGCUACUCGAACUCAGGCAGGAUCCGGAGGUCCGAAGCGUCCUGCGAGCGGACGAACUGCUAUACCAAAGAGGAGUGGAGAUUUUCAACAAGCAACGGGCAGUUUUCAGCAAAAUAAGAUCAAUAUUAACAUGAUGCAAUUUUAUUUUGUUUAAACAAGCUGACAUUUCGGGUUUUACUGCCUCAUUUCGUCAUUUUUGUUUCUGCUUGAAAACUCGGAAAAUGCUCGACACCUUUUAGAAAAGGACGCACUGGUGCUUGCAUGUUAAUGUGUGAAUGCAAUUUCGGUGAAAUUAUGUGUCAAAGUCGCUUGAAAUUUUGUCAGCUGUGGCUAACGAGUUCAUUUAUGAUCAAAGUUCCGAUGAACGAUAUUUUACCUCGCUUUUAAAUUGGAAUUGAUGGUGUGUGGCAAAUAUAUCAUAUUUUAUUCAAAACAAUUGCAUUGAGUUUCACAAGUUGCCUUGUUGGACUGUCAUUUUAGUUCUCUAUAAAAAAAAAUAGUUACCUUGUAAAUUUUGCAACUGAGUUGUGAUCUGUAAAUUGUACAGGGUGACCGGGAAAAAUGCAACCCUGAAACGUUUGCCUC